CUCUCUCUCUCUCUCUCUCUGGUUUCCUCUUCUUUUCAUUUUCCCUUUCUGCAGCUAAAACCUCCAUCAAAGAAAGAAAACCUCUCUUCUCAUUUGAACGUUAAAUAGCUGUCUCUCUCUCACUGUUCCAGCAGAUCCGCCUCGCCGUCGCCGGGUCGAUCGGCCUCCGUUCCAGCGGGGGAUACCAGGUCCAUGCCUCCGACCCUCGGAUUCUAGAGGUUAUCGAUUCCGUGUUGCAGAGAUGGCUAGGGUUUACAACAAUUGGGAGAGGCUCGUCAGGGCCACAUUGCAGCGGGAGCAGCUCAGGACUGCUGGCCAAGGUCAUGCGAGGACCCCCAGCGGCAUCGCUGGAGCUAUCCCUCCUUCCCUCACUCGCACCACCAACAUCGACCGGAUCCUGCAGGCCGCCGAUGAGAUUCAGGCGGAGGACCCUAACGUUGCCAGGAUAUUAUGUGAGCAGGCAUACUCUCUGUCCCAGAACCUGGACCCCAACAGUGAUGGUCGUGGUGUUCUUCAGUUCAAGACUGGUUUGAUGUCUGUGAUAAAGCAAAAACUUGCCAAGAAGGAUGGGGCCCAGAUUGAUCGUAACCGAGAUAUAGAACAUUUGUGGGAAUUUUACCAGCGCUACAGGAGACGUAACCGGGUGGAUGAUCUUCAAAGAGAGGAGCAAAGAUUGCGGGAAUCUAGGACUUUUAGUGCCAAUUUUGGAGGGAUGUAUUCAGAUAUGAGAAGGAUUUUUUCAACAUUGAGGGCUUUGAUUGAGGUUAUGGAGGUGCUCGCUAAAGAUGCUGAUCCCAGUGGUGUGGGCAGACUUAUACAAGAGGAGCUGCGGAGAAUCAAGAAGUCAGAUAUGGGUGAACUUACUCCUUAUAAUAUUGUCCCUCUGGAAGCACCUGUAAUUACCAAUGCGAUUGGAGUGUUCCCAGAGGUUAGAGGUGCCAUAUCUGCCAUUAAAUAUGCGGAGCACUUCCCCAGACUUCCUGCUGAUUUUGAGAUCUCUGGACAACGAGAUGCUGACAUAUUUGAUCUUUUAGAAUAUGUCUUUGGUUUCCAGAAUGAUAAUGUAAGGAACCAGCGUGAAAAUGUUGUUCUUCAGCUUGCAAAUGCACAAAGUCGACUUGGCAUACCUAUUGAAGCUAAUCCUAAAAUAGAUGAGAAAGCAAUCAAUGAUGUGUUCCUGAAGGUUCUUGAUAACUACAUCAAGUGGUGCAAAUACUUGCGGAUUCGUCGUGUUUGGAACAGCUUGGAAGCAAUCACUAGAGACAGAAAGCUUUUCUUUGUUUCACUAUAUUAUCUCAUAUGGGGUGAAGCAGCCAAUGUGCGAUUCCUGCCCGAGUGUAUUUGCUAUAUAUUUCACAAUAUGGCAAAAGAAAUGGACGCUAUUCUGGAUCAUGGAGAAAUCAAUCGCACUGAAAGUGGUUCAGUGUCCUUCCUUGAGCAAAUCAUAUGCCCUAUAUAUGAAACAAUGGCAGCGGAAGCUGCUAGAAAUGACAAUGGAAAAGCUGCACAUUCUGAAUGGCGGAAUUAUGAUGAUUUCAACGAAUACUUUUGGUCACCUACGUGUUUCGAUCUGGGUUGGCCUUUGAAGAGGGACUCAUCAUUCUUGUUGAAGCCUAAAAAGCGGAAAAGAACUGGGAAAAGCACUUUUGUUGAGCAUCGCACAUUUCUGCAUUUAUACCGAAGCUUUCAUCGUCUUUGGAUCUUUUUGGUCAUAAUGUUUCAGCUGCUUGCAAUCAUUGCCUUUCGUCAUGGAGAUAUUGAUUUAGACACUUUUAAAAUUGUUCUUAGCAUCGGGCCUACGUACACUAUUAUGACCUUCACAGAAAAUUGCUUAGAUGUGCUGCUCAUGUUUGGGGCAUACUCCACUGCUAGAGGCAUGGCUAUCUCAAGGCUGGUCAUUAGGUUUUUCUGGUCUGGAUUGAGUUCUGCAGUUGUGAUAUAUCUUUACCUGAAACUUCUUGAGGAAAGAAAUGACCGGAACUCAAAUUCAUUGUACUUCCGAAUAUACAUACUUGUGCUGGGGGUUUAUGCUGCUUUACGCUUAUCGCUGGCACUGCUGCUGAAACUUCGUGCAUGUCAUGCUCUGUCGGAAAUGUCUGAUCAAUCAUUCUUUCAAUUCUUUAAGUGGAUAUAUCAGGAGCGAUACUAUGUUGGGCGUGGUCUUUAUGAGAAAUUGAGCGAUUAUUGUCGGUACGUCUUAUUCUGGGUGGUGAUUCUUGCAUGCAAGUUUGUGUUUGCUUAUUUCCUGCAGAUAAGACCUCUCGUCAGUCCCACCAAUAUCAUUGUUCGUCUUCCUACUUUGAAGUACUCAUGGCAUGAUUUAAUUUCAAAGAACAACAAUAAUGCCUUGGCCAUUGCUAGCCUUUGGGCUCCUGUUGUGGCUAUAUAUGUGAUGGACAUCCAUAUAUGGUACACUCUCUUAUCAGCAAUUGUUGGAGGCAUCAUGGGUGCACGUGCUCGGUUAGGCGAGAUACGCUCAAUUGAAAUGCUACAUAAACGAUUUGAGAGCUUUCCCGAAGCUUUUGUGAAGAAUCUUGUUUCUUCUGAAACAAAGAGGAUGCCCUUCAACCGGCAAUCACCUCAGGCAUCUCAAGACAUGAACAAGACAUAUGCAGCCUUAUUUUCCCCAUUUUGGAACGAGAUAAUCAAAAGCUUGCGUGAAGAAGAUUACAUUAGUAAUAGGGAGAUGGACUUGCUUUGCAUGCCUAGCAACACAGGAAGCUUAAGAUUAGUGCAGUGGCCGUUGUUUCUAUUAAGCAGUAAGAUUUUAUUGGCAAUCGAUUUAGCAGUGGACUGCAGAGAUACACAGGCAGAUCUAUGGAACAGAAUAUGCAGGGAUGAAUAUAUGGCUUAUGCAGUUCAGGAGUGCUAUUAUUCUACUGAGAAGGUUUUACUUUCCUUGGUUGAUGGCGAGGGUAGACUUUGGGUCGAAAGAAUAUUCCGUGAGAUCAACAACAGCAUUCUGGAGGGUUCACUUUUUAUGACCUUAAAACUUGUGAAACUUCAGUUGGUGGUAUCAAGAUUCACUGCUCUGGCUGGGCUGCUGAUACGGAAUGAAACUCCAGAACUUGCCAAAGGAGCUGCUAAGGCUUUCUUUGAGUUAUAUGUUGUCACCCAUGAUUUGCUGUCAGAAAACUUGAGAGAGGAGCUUGAUACAUGGAACAUAGUAGCCAGAGCUCGAAAUGAGGGUAGACUAUUUUCUAGAAUUGAAUGGCCCAAAGAUCCAGAAAUUCAAGAGCAGGUGAAGCGGCUACACCUUCUUCUCACUGUCAAAGAUACUGCAGCUAAUAUCCCAAAGAAUCUUGAAGCAAGAAGAAGAUUGCAGUUCUUCGCAAAUUCAUUGUUUAUGGACAUGCCCCCAGCAAAGCCAGUUAGUGAAAUGAUACCAUUUAGCGUCUUCACUCCGUAUUACAGUGAGACUGUACUUUAUAGUUCCUCUGAGUUGCGGGAAGAGAAUGAGGAUGGGAUAUCUAUUCUGUUCUAUCUCCAGAAAAUAUUUCCUGAUGAAUGGGAGAAUUUCUUGGAACGAAUUGGUCGGGGAGGUUCUACUGGCGAUGUAGAACUUCAAAAUAGUUCUACUGAUUCCUUGGAACUUCGGUUUUGGGUAUCUUACCGGGGACAAACUUUGGCAAGAACUGUGCGUGGAAUGAUGUAUUAUAGGAGAGCUCUAAUGCUACAGAGUUUUCUUGAAAGGCGAACACUGGGAGGUAUUGGAAGGCUUCUCCCCCCCUCAAUUGACCAUUUGUGUACUUAUAAAACUCACAUGAGCAUGCUCACGGAUUAUGUUGUGGUUACAGUGAGCAUCCCAACAACUCAAGGUUUUGAAUUUUCACCUGAAGCACGGGCACAAGCAGACUUGAAGUUCACCUACGUGGUGUCAUGUCAGAUCUAUGGGCAACAAAAACAGCAGAAGAAGCCAGAAGCUGCAGAUAUCGCUCUUUUGUUAAAGAGGAAUGAGGCUCUUCGUGUUGCUUUCAUACACGUGGAGGAAGGUGUUGCAGCUGAAGGAAAAGACUCCAAGGAAUUCUAUUCAAAGCUUGUUAAAGCAGAUAUACAUGGAAAAGAUCAGGAAGUAUAUUCGAUCAAACUUCCUGGUGAUCCCAAGCUUGGGGAAGGAAAGCCUGAAAACCAAAACCAUGCCAUAAUAUUUACUCGUGGGGAUGCUAUCCAAACUAUUGACAUGAAUCAGGACAACUACCUUGAAGAGGCAGUGAAAAUGAGAAAUCUACUUGAGGAAUUCCGAGCAAACCAUGGACUGCGGCCUCCAACCAUCCUUGGCGUGAGGGAACAUGUUUUCACAGGAAGUGUUUCCUCUUUGGCUUGGUUCAUGUCCAAUCAAGAGACUAGUUUUGUGACCUUGGGUCAGCGUGUCUUGGCUUAUCCUCUGAAGGUCCGCAUGCACUACGGGCACCCGGAUGUAUUUGAUCGAGUAUUUCACAUAACUCGAGGUGGCAUCAGUAAAGCAUCACGUGUGAUCAAUAUUAGUGAAGAUAUAUAUGCAGGUUUCAAUUCCACAUUGAGGCAGGGGAAUAUCACCCAUCAUGAGUACAUUCAGGUUGGAAAGGGAAGAGAUGUUGGGUUGAAUCAAAUUGCACUGUUUGAAGGAAAAGUAGCUGGCGGUAAUGGAGAACAAGUGCUCAGCAGAGACAUCUACAGACUUGGACAACUAUUUGAUUUUUUCAGAAUGCUCUCUUUUUUCUUCACUACUGUUGGUUAUUACGUUUGCACAAUGAUGACGGUGCUUACAGUCUACAUCUUCCUAUAUGGGAGGAUAUACCUGGCAUUCUCUGGGCUUGAUCGAGGGAUCUCACUUGAAGCCAAAAUGUCGGGAAAUACAGCAUUAGAAGCUGCUCUGAAUGCACAAUUCUUAGUUCAGAUUGGUAUUUUCACUGCUGUUCCCAUGAUUAUGGGCUUUAUCCUUGAGAUGGGAUUGCUGCAGGCUGUUUUCAGUUUUGUCACAAUGCAACUCCAGUUGUGCUCGGUCUUCUUUACAUUCUCGUUGGGUACCAGGACUCAUUACUUUGGACGAACUAUUCUUCAUGGAGGUGCAAAAUACCGGGCAACUGGGAGAGGAUUCGUUGUCCGUCACAUCAAGUUUGCUGAAAAUUAUAGGCUCUACUCCAGAAGUCAUUUUGUCAAAGCGCUUGAGGUGGCACUGCUCCUUAUUGUCUAUAUUGCAUAUGGCUACACGGAAGGGGGCACUCUUGCCUUUGUUUUGAUAACUGUCAGCAGUUGGUUCCUCGUCAUUUCAUGGCUUUUUGCUCCUUAUAUCUUUAAUCCAUCUGGUUUUGAGUGGCAAAAGACUGUGGAGGAUUUUGAUGAUUGGACCAGUUGGCUUCUCUAUAAAGGUGGAGUUGGGGUGAAAGGAGACAAUAGCUGGGAAUCAUGGUGGGAUGAAGAGCAGGUGCAUAUUCAUACUCUAAGAGGCCGUAUACUAGAAACCAUUUUGAGCUUGAGGUUCUUCAUAUUCCAGUAUGGCAUAGUAUACAAGCUCCACCUUACUGGGAGUAAUACUUCUCUUGCGCUUUUUGGAUUCUCGUGGAUUGUAUUGGUUGCGAUCGUCAUGAUAUUCAGGGUCUACACCUUCAGUCCCAAAAGAUCUUCCAAAUUUCAGUUCCUAUUCGUUCGGUUCAUUCAAGGGGUCACGUCAUUGGGGCUCAUCGCGGCCAUAUCUCUUCUUGUAGUUUUCACCGAUCUGACGAUAGCAGACCUCUUUGCAAGCUUUCUCGCAUUCAUUCCCACUGGCUGGGGUAUUCUCAGUGUGGCGGUCACAUGGAAGAAGCUGGUGAGGAGUCUUGGGUUAUGGGACUCGGUAAGGGAGUUUGCGAGGAUGUACGAUGCGGGGAUGGGUGUGUUAAUCUUCACUCCUAUCGCAAUCCUCUCAUGGUUCCCAUUCGUUUCCACCUUCCAAUCUCGUCUUCUCUUUAACCAAGCAUUCAGUCGCGGCCUUGAGAUCUCACUUAUCCUCGCUGGAAACAAAGCUAACGUCGAGGUCUAAUCCCUCCCCUUUUCGGUUCUCCCUUUCCCAUCGUCUCUUUUACUGCUUAUAAAUCGGAAGUCUGCUUUAGCGAGUUCUUGUGCUGUACUAUAGGGAGCUUGUAUUGUCCAGUAAGAGGUCAUGUAAUAUAUAUCGAUGUAAAGAUGGCUAGAUGACACAGCUGAUCCUCUUGACUCGACUCACCUGCUUUUGUAAUGAUGUUCAUUUGUAAAUUACGCAAAUUAGUGUUCAGCUUAAUGCCGA